AUGCAAUUCCUCCGAUCCAGCGUCACCACCACGGCCAAGCGCCUCGGCUGCCGCAACCUCUCGGCCUUGAGCCCGAGCACGAUCAGCAUCAUCAAGGCAACGAGCCCCGUCGUCGCCGAGCACGGCUACACAAUUACGAGCACCAUGUACGGCACAAUGCUGACGAGCGACCCGGCCAUCUCGGCGCUCUUCAACCCGAGCCACCAAAAGGUGCUGCCGGGCGAGACCCGCGCGCGCCAGCCGUCGGCCCUCGCGGCUGCCGUCGGCGCGUACGCUGCCAACAUUGACAACCUCGGUGUGCUCACGUCGGCCGUCGAGCGCAUGGCGCAGAAGCACGUGUCGCUCUACAUUUUGCCCGAGCACUAUGGCGUCGUGGGCACGCACCUCUUGGCCGCGAUCAAGACCGUCCUCGGCGAGGCGGCGACGCCCGAAAUUCUGAAAGCGUGGGGCGAAGGCUACUGGUUCCUGGCCGACAUUCUUAUCGAGCGCGAGCGCAAGCUCCGCGAAGAGAAGGCCGCGUCCGUCGGUGGCUGGGAAGGCUGGCGCGACUUUGUCGUGGCCAAAAAAGUGCACGAGUCGGAUGAAAUCACGUCCUUUUACCUUCGCCCGGCGGACGGCGGCUCGGUUGUCGGGUUUGAAGCCGGGCAAUACGUCGGCCUUCGCUUCGACACGCCCGAGUUUACGACGCAGCGCAACUACUCGCUCUCCAACGCCCCCAACGCGAAUGAAUACCGCAUCACGGUCAAGCGCCAAGCGCCGCUGAGCGAGGGCGGACCUGUCGGUCAAGUCUCGACGUACCUGCACGACUCGCUUCGCGAAGGCAGCGUCGUCAAGGUCGGCGUGCCCUGCGGCGAUUUCUUCCUCACGGUCGACCACGACAAGCCCAUUGUGCUCUUGAGCGGCGGUGUCGGCGUGACGCCGCUUGCGUCGAUGGUCGACGAUCUCCUUCUGAACCAGAAGUGCGCGAACCAAAUCACGAUGCUCAACGCGGCGCGGAGUCCGUCGGUCGAGGCGCUGCACGACACGUUCGUCGCGCGCGCGGCCACGCACGCGAACUUCAAGUUCCACGCGCUGUAUGACACGGCUGUGGACGCGGCGGCGCUCGAGCGCAUCGUGCCCAACAAGGACGCACACUUUUACUUCUGCGGUCCGCCCGGCUUUAUGCACGCGAUCCAAACCAUCCUCCGCGGCUGGAAGGUGCCCGAGGACCACAUGCAUUUCGAGUAUUUUGGCCCGCACAAGGAGGAUGCGUAA